AUGUCGUUAAAUAAUCUUUCACAAUUUAAUAAUUGCCUUAACAGCAAAAACCGAAUUCUAGAUCUAAUAAUGAGCUCUAUGGUAAUCUCUCAUGUAAGUGAGAGCAAAGAUCCUCUUUCAAGUGUUGACCCUCUGCAUCCUCCGAUUGAAUUUUGUAUUGAUAUUGUUCAUAAAGAAAAACUCUAUUCCCAUGAAGAAGCCAGGUUUCGAUUCCAUAAAGCAGAUUAUGAAAAGAUUACAAGUGAUCUAAAUAAUAUUCCUUGGCACAGUGACCUUUCCUAUUGUGCUAGCGUUGACGAUAUGGUAGCACAGUUCUAUAAAAUUCUUAGAGUUAUAAUUUCUAAACAUGUUCCAAAAUCCAAACCACGUUCUAGUAAAUAUCCAAUAUGGUUCUCCGCGGCACUGGUGAAGGUAAUCAACGAAAAAUUCAAAUAUCGCACCAAAUAUCGCAAAUACGGAAAUCCUCGAGAUUUAAUUACUUUUGAAAUGCUACGGGAUAGAUGUACAAAACUCCAUAACUUAAGCUAUAGAUUAUAUUUAAAACGCUUAGAGACUUCAUUAUCUACGAAUCCAAAACUUAUAUGGAGCUUUAUCAAGCAAAAAAGAGGAAGGAUAAGCUCUUACCCUGCCCGGAUGUCUUUAGGUGAUGAAGUAGCUUCGUCGGGGUCAGACAUUUGCAAUCUUUUCGCAUCACAUUUUUCGUCGGUAUACAACUCGGACAACAUAUCGAUCAGUGGCCAGUCUAGUUCGUCAACCAAUUGUUUAACUUCAAUAUCGGUAACUACUGAUCAAGUUUUCAGAGUUUUAAAAAGACUGGACCCUUCGAAAGGUGCUGGUUCCGAUGGAAUACCUUCUAUUUUUGCGAUAAAAUGUGCUAGUGAACUAGCACUACCACUCAGCAUUAUUAUUAAUAGCUCUCUUAACUCUGGAAUAUUCCCAACGGUUUGGAAAAGUGCUCUUGUAAUACCAUUGUUCAAAAGUGGUGACACGAGUGCGGUAUUAAAUUAUAGACCUAUAUCUAUACUUCCAACUUUCGCGAAGGUUUUUGAAUCUAUUUUGUGCCCAAUAAUAUCGAGUCACUUCAAACAUUUUAUCGCACCUGAACAGCAUGGAUUCGCUAAGUCACGUUCCACGUCGACUAAUUUGGUUUCCUUCGUGGAGGAUCUUGCUGAGGGGGUUGAUCGUGGGCAAUCAUAUGAUGCAAUAUACACCGAUUUCAGCAGGGCCUUCGACAGGGUGAGCCAUGUUAUGUUGAUACACAAACUCUCCUCUAUUGGAAUUGAUGGCAUAUUUUUAAAUUGGUGCAGAUCAUACCUGUCAAAUAGGCAGUCAGUAGUUGUAGUUGGUGGGUACAAAUCCAAAGAAUUCACUGCCAUAUCUGGAGUGCCUCAAGGGUCACACUUAGGUCCAUUAUUCUUUAAUAUUUUCAUUAACGACAUCGGAAGCUGCGUUCAAGGGUCUAAAUUCUUGAUGUUCGCUGAUGAUUUAAAAUUAUAUAGAACUGUGAACUCACCCGAGGAAGCAAUGUCACUGCAAAAUGAUCUGGACAAUUUGAUGAUGUGGUGUAGUUUAAACGGAAUGAAUUUGAAUCCUGAAAAAUGUCAUGUUGUUCGAUUCAGCAGGAAAAAACGCUCGCCAACCAGAGUCUAUCAUAUUAAUCAAGCAUUUCUUAAGGAAGUCAGCCAUACUCGGGAUUUAGGUGUGAUUCUGGAUGGUAAAUUGCGUUUUAACUUGCAUGUUGAUGAUAUUACAAAUAGGGCUUUUAGGAUGUUGGGCUUCGUCCUGCGUAAUUGUAAGGAAUUUAGGAAUCCCAGCACUAAUGUUACAAUUUACACAUGUCUCGUACGUAGUAUUCUCGAAUAUUGCAGUCCUGUGUGGAAUCCGCAUUACGGUAUCUAUAUCAAGCGCUUGGAGAAUGUACAGAAGCGAUUUUUAUGGCACCUAUCCUAUGGUUGCAACAUGGCUAGGAAACUUCCUAGUUAUAACGAUCGUCUAUUACAUUUUCACCUUAAAUCACUUCGUCAUCGUAGAGAGCUGCUUGAUAUCAUGUUUCUGUAUAAACUUAUAAAUGGAAUUUUGGAUACCCCUGAUAUCUUGUCCAGAGUAAACAUUUCUGUUCCUAAAAAGCUGCAACGAUUUGCAAAGCCUCCUUUCAGAAUUAAGUUUGCAAAAUCAAAUCUGGGUCAGAAUGCUCCAUUAAAUAGAUCUUUAAGGAGUUAUAAUUUAAUUCAUAGCGUUGAAAUUGAUGGUGGUAUUGGAUCGCAAUGGGGGGGUCGCGAAUUCCCCCAAAUAGAUCUGUUUUCAAACUCCCCAUCAAUUUUCAAAAAGUUAGCGGCUCAGCUGAUUACUCAUUAA